CUGCCCUCUUUCCCCUAUCUGUAUUUCACGCCAAAUUUUCACACGUCUCCUAUGAUCAUCAUCUUCUUCUUCUUCAACCAUCUCAUUAAUCCAAAAAAAAAAAAAAAACAACAGCUGCAAAUUAAGCACCUCCACCAGGCCUAAAAAGAGAAUUACUUUCCCACCAAGCAAAUAAAAAUACCAUAUUUUUGCUUUACUCUCUUCUUCAUUGACAUUGACAUUUUUUUUUUGGUUGGUAUGAGUCCAGGAAGCGGCGCCAGCACUAGCCUCGAUGGUGGUUCCUUCGAUACGUUCUUCGAGGGUUGGCUGGUGCGCCAUGAGCAUUACUUGGAAGAGUUACUCACUGCUCAGCAACAAUGCAGUGAAUAUCAGGGGGAUGAUGUGAAGGACCUUAUAACCAGAGUGCUCUCCCACUACCAACAGUACUUCGAAGAGAAAUCUCGCGUGGCGCAACGCAACGUUUUCCUUGUUUUUGCUCCAACCUGGUUAUCUUCCUUAGAGUGUGCCUCGCUUUGGAUAACGGGUUUCAAGCCAGGGUUCGCGUUAAGGCUAGUUUUUAGCUCCGUACAAGACCUGUCUCGAGAGCAAAGCGAAAGGAUAGAGAGGUUGAUGGAGGAGACCAAGGUUGAAGAAAGGGUGCUUAAUGACGAGUUGGCCAGGGUUCAAGAGAGCGUAGCGGCUCCUCCUUUGCUAGAGAUGGCUAGGAAACAAGCACGGCGGACGAACGUGGAAGGUGGAAGGGAGGAAGCACUGCUGACGUUGAGGAAGGCGUUAGAGGAAGUGGUGGCGGGAGCUGAUUUGUUGAGGAUGACGACAACAAUGAAGGUGGUGGAGAUACUGAAACCAGAGCAGAACGUGAGGUAUUUGACAGCUGCAACGCAGUUGUUCCUUAAUCUUAGAAAUUUGGGGUUACCAAAGGAUGCCAACACAAAGGGAUGAAAGAAACAAUGGUUAUUGAGAUCAUAAUAGUGAGGCAUACAGUAUAGAUAGUUUGUAUAUGAUAAUAUCUCUUUUUUUGUAAGUAUUUGUUUUGUUGGGGCGGGGGUUAUGAUGAGUUUUUGACAACUUGAAAGACUAACGGCCAUAGUUACUAAUUAUUAUACAUCGGCAGGCAAAAAUGCUUGAGAGGCAGUGCCUGCAUGCUUUCGCACGGUGGCAAUUCAUAUAGUUGCAUGAAUAAGGCUUAAGAUCCAGCACCAUGUAUAUUAUCAACUAUAAUUCUACUCACUAACUGGAAA